AUGAGAGGCUUGCCGGUGUCACAGUCGUCGUCGCCACCCGUGAGCCUUGUCACGCUCUUACUGGGAGUCGGUCCCGUGCCAGGACCACCACCAUCGAGAAACAUGACUAAGGGAAAGAGAAGAACUGAUCAAUUCUACAGAAUCGUUGGCUUCCCCAAAGUUGCACAAGGGUGCGGUACUAUGGUUGCAGGGGAUGAUGGCUCGUCAUGGCCGGCGAAGAGAAUGUGUUUAGGAGUAUCAAGCUUUCGGGGACCACGUAAAAGCUUCUUGGACCGUUUCCAAACGUGUUCGACAACAGACUGUUCGACAGCAGACUGUUCGACAGCAGACUGUUCGACAGCAGACUGUUCGACAGCAGACUGUUCGACAGCAGACUGUUCGACAGCAGACUGUUCGACAGCAGACUGUUCGACAGCAGACUGUUCGACAGCAGACUGUUCGACAGCAGACUGGUGUGGAAGCAGACUAGCUUCCACACCGCAAGUGGCUCCCGAUAGUGUUAUUUCCAACGCUUCCCAGAAACACCAGGUUCAAGCAGGUCCUUUAGAAAGCUGUGGUGAUGAAGACACUUUUUCCGCAAUGGAAACUACUCCGGCCGCUCCCCCCCCUGGAAUGGAGCCUGUUCCUGCAUUUCAAAUCAUUCACCAAGAGGAGAAGGGGUUGGUGGUUGAAGCGUCGCACUUGGUGUGGGCCUAUGACACGUUGAAUCAUGGUUGGUGGCGGCUCGUUCCCUUUGACGUGAAAGGAUUGUCCGUAUUUGGUCUAGCGGUGAAGGCCCGUGAGUGGAGCCGGGCAAGGAAAGCCAAUUAUACCAGGGAAGCCGCGUGCUAUAAUGUGAACAAGCGGUGUCGGUGGAUGUGGACUGAGGGAAGUCUCCGUCAGUGGCUGAAGCAGUAUCGAUCUGGAGAUGACCGAGAUGCCGUGGGAUUCGUCAUUCCUCUCGGUGUUCGAUUGGGUAGAUGUGUCAUUCCUUUGGCUAACGUGGAUGCUGCGGCAAAUGACCUCUUAUGUUGGCGAUUAGGUAGCUAUUAUAGAGGGACCCAUGUUGGUGCAUUCCGGAAUAGAGUGAACUACUGGUGGGCGAAACGAGGUCGCUAUUUCGGCGAGCCACAAGAUGAUCCUUUGUGCUUUCGAGUUGAUUUUGUGUCAUUACGCGAAUUGGAAGGUUUCUACUUGAAGAAGUUGGGAGAUCUCAAAGUCCCCUUGGAAGACGUCCCGAAGGAAACCAGACGCGUGAAACGGAGACAACGGAUUCGCGAACAAGAAGAAGAACUGGGAAGGCGAUUAUUGCCCCAUGGCUUAGGGAUUAAUGGUGGAACCUCUCAUCUGGUCGGUAUUUCCGGCCACAGGUUUGCCAUUGUGGUAGAUGAAGAGCGCCAGCUGCGAAUUGAACCUACGUAUCUCGUGUGGGCGUACGACGUACUGAACCACGGCUGGUGGAACGCGGUACCCCCUGCUGUGGCGACAUUGCCAUCCGAUCUGUCGGUCUUUGGGUUAGCGGAAAAAGCCCGGGACUGGGUCGAAGCUGACAAUAUCAUCUAUACUUUGUCCACUAGCUGCUACAGGUGUGGGGAAAAUGGCCAGCACCACGGUCAUGAUGAGGAAUGUGAGAGGUGCGAAAAAUCAUGGAACCCUGAAGAGUUUUGGGAAUGGCUUGCAUCGAGACACUUUAAACAUAUCUGUGAUCAAUCGAGGGACUCCGAGCAGUCUACUGAUUCCAACCGUCCGUUGAAUGAUGCUAAUAGAUUUGAUAACAAGUUAGAUGAGGAGUUCGAUGAAUUGGACCCAACUCGAUUGUCGGAGAUGAUUAAUGCUGUCGGGUUCGAGCUCCCCGAAGGGUAUGGCGAAUGGAAAUUGGUUGUGCCCGCACACGAAUACAAAGGGCGUCUGUUCUUGCCUGCAAGACACGACUCAUUCGGCUUCCGGUUCUUGGCCUGGUGGCGCCAUAAAGUGAGUAAAGCAGCGUGCAAGAAGAGCCUGAUGACGACUGCAGCUGGUUACCACCGAUGGGAGUACGAACGUCUAGUUUUAUACCGCAUUAACUCUCGCUCAGAACUUCAAUACUAG